CUUUUGUCCAAUAGGCCAACCACUUAAAGAACCAAAAUAUUACAAUUUCCCCUGUAUCUCCACCAAACCACAAAGAAAACAACCAUCGGCAACUCUUCUCGUGCCUCCACUCUCCAGUCAAAAUACACAACAUACUUGCCAUUUUCCUUGUCCCUUUCUUACCAAAUUAUUACGAACAUUUAAGUAGGUCUCAGGUCUGCCCUUUACACCCACCUCUACAAAUAUACAACCUUAAUCCAAGAAUGCAACAAACCUCAGAAAAACACAAACUCCGAACUCACUGCUAGCUCUUCUAUUUCUUUAACUACAUCAGAAGAUCAAGAAAAUGGUUUCUCCUAUGGCUCCAAGCCCACGGGUCGAAAUCUUGGCCCGAAGUGGAAUCAACACUAUCCCAAAAGAGUACGUGAGGCCCGAAGAAGAGCUGAAAAGCAUAGGCGAUAUUUUCGCUGAAGAGAAGAGCAUGGACGGGCCGCAGGUGCCCACGAUUGACUUAGAAGCCAUUAACUCGGAUGACGAAGAAAUGCGUAAGAAAUGCCACGAGGAGCUAAAGCAAGCGGCGAUGGAGUGGGGGGUGAUGCACCUGAUCAACCAUGGAAUACCGAAGGAACUCGUGAAUCGGGUCAAGGUUGCGGGCCGGGAGUUUUUUGAGCUGCCGGUGGAGGAGAAGGAGAAGUACGCCAACGAUCAGGAGGCGGGGAACGUGCAGGGCUACGGCAGCAAGCUGGCGAACAACGCCAGUGGGCAGCUGGAGUGGGAGGACUACUUUUUCCACUGUGUUUUUCCGGAGGAGAAGAGGGACUUGUCCAUUUGGCCCAAGAAUCCGGCUGAUUAUAUUCCUGCUACAAGUGAGUAUGCAAAGCAGAUAAGAGCCUUAGCCACCAAGGUACUGUCAGUCCUCUCCCUAGGGCUAGGACUUGAACAUGACAGACUAGAAAAAGAAAUUGGUGGUAUGGAGGACCUCACCCUCCAAAUGAAGAUCAACUAUUACCCAAAAUGCCCUCAGCCGGAGCUCGCCCUUGGUGUCGAAGCUCACACCGAUGUUAGUGCCCUCACCUUUAUCCUCCACAACAUGGUUCCAGGCCUCCAGCUCUUCUACAAGGGCAAUUGGGUGACGGCAAAAUGCGUUCCCAAUUCCAUUAUCAUGCACGUAGGCGACACUGUUGAGAUCCUUAGCAAUGGUAGGUACAAGAGUAUUCUUCAUCGAGGAUUGGUGAAUAAGGAGAAGGUUAGAGUUUCUUGGGCAGUCUUCUGUGAGCCACCUAAGGAGAAAAUCAUCCUCAGGCCGCUCCCGGAGACAGUGUCUGAGGCCGAACCACCGUGCUUUCCACCGCGCACGUUUGCUCAACAUAUCAAGCACAAGCUCUUCAAGAAGAGUGGUGAUGAGGAUUCUCUUGAUGGGAAGAAAUCAAGUCAUUAAUCUGGUUGAUUACUUAAUCCUAGGGAUGAAUAAAUGUUUGAAUAUUAAUUUUGAGCUUUUUAUAAAAAAAUAUGUUCUUAAUGUUAAAAAAUUAUCCUGAUAAUUUUUUGUAAUCGUAUUUUAUAUUAUAAAUUCUCUUGUAACAAUUCAAUCUUUUUAGAUAUUAUGCAAUCUAUAUAUCCUUGC